AUAAUCGCCGUGCCGAUAAUCACCACUCUCCACGCGAGUUUAUUUUCUUUUUAAUGCAUUAAAAUUUUGUAAAUAGCACAAUUAAAAUUAAUUAAAGUACAAUAUUAAGAACCUAGCGCAGCAGCGAUGAGUACCAUACUGGAGAAGAUUGCGGCCAUCGAGUCGGAGAUGGCACGCACGCAAAAGAAUAAGGCAACUUCUGCCCAUUUGGGCCUAUUGAAAGCCAAGUUGGCCAAGCUGCGACGCGAGCUCAUCUCGCCAAAGGGCGGCGGCGGCGGAACCGGCGAGGCCGGCUUUGAGGUGGCCAAAACUGGUGAUGCCCGGGUGGGUUUCGUCGGCUUUCCUUCGGUGGGCAAGUCGACGUUACUCUCGAACUUGGCCGGCGUUUACUCCGAGGUGGCUGCCUAUGAGUUCACAACGCUGACAACUGUGCCGGGCUGUAUUAAGUACAAGGGCGCCAAAAUACAGCUGCUCGAUUUGCCGGGUAUUAUUGAGGGCGCCAAGGAUGGCAAGGGUCGCGGUCGUCAAGUGAUUGCUGUGGCUCGCACUUGCAAUCUGAUUUUCAUGGUGCUGGACUGCCUCAAGCCGCUGGGCCACAAGAAGUUGCUGGAGCACGAGUUGGAGGGCUUUGGCAUUCGCCUGAAUAAGAAACCGCCAAAUAUUUACUACAAGCGGAAGGAUAAGGGCGGCAUCAAUCUCAAUAGCAUGGUGACACAAUCCGAACUGGACUCUGAUCUAGUGAAGACCAUAUUGUCGGAGUACAAGAUACAUAAUGCGGACAUCACGUUACGCUAUGAUGCCACCAGUGAUGAUCUGAUUGAUGUCAUCGAGGGCAAUCGCAUUUAUAUACCUUGUAUCUAUUUGCUGAACAAGAUCGAUCAGAUCUCCAUUGAGGAGCUGGACGUCAUCUAUAAGAUACCGCAUUGUGUGCCCAUUUCAGCGCAUCAUCAUUGGAAUUUUGAUGAUCUGCUCGAGCUAAUGUGGGAAUACCUGAGACUUGUGCGAAUUUAUACGAAGCCCAAGGGACAAUUGCCUGACUAUAGUUCGCCCGUAGUGCUGCACAAUGAACACACCAGCAUCGAAGACUUUUGUAACAAACUGCAUCGCUCCAUUGCCAAGGAAUUUAAAUAUGCGCUCGUCUGGGGUUCUUCGGUGAAGCAUCAGCCGCAGAAGGUGGGCAUUGAGCAUAUACUCAAUGAUGAGGAUGUCGUUCAAAUUGUGAAAAAGGUCUAAGGCCAUUUAAUUGAUAUAGAUUCCUUGGAUUUUAAUUGUUUGCGCAUAUUUUUUUAAAUAAAAAUUUGAAUUGCUCUUGCUUGACGGCGUUGCCACCU